AGCUGUGUGCUGACCCUAUUAUCUUAAGUCUAGUAAUAUAGUAGUAUUAUAUUCUUUGUUAUUUUCUAUACAAUUUCUACUGUUACCUAUUGUGGGUGAUCUGAUUUAGUCAUAAUAUUUAUACCGUGUUAAAUUAUUUUAAAAUAUAAGAUAUUUAUAAAUCACACUGAUCACACAGUCGCACGGCACAGCAUUUCAGUGACUAAUAUCCGAAAGCCAUCAGUUCUAUAAGGACAUGACUGUCUCCUUAUAAGUCUUUAACGAGUCGGAGGUAUCGAAGUUCAGGAAUUAUAUGUGAUGUCCGACGGCGACCCGUCCCUCGAAGAAGACAUACCGCGGCCUUUGUUGGAGAAGGUUGAGGAUAAUGUGUUUACGCCAAAGAUAGCAACCCCUAUUUACGCGGGCAGCGUGAAGUUGCACCACAAGAGGUCUGACGCGGCGGAAGCGGAGGCCUUCCUCACGGACGCGCAGCGCAAUGACCUUGCGCUCCAGCAGCUACUGCAGGAUGGAGAUGGAGACUUUAACCAAAAGGAGAAGGAAACGCAACAGAAGAUGGGCGACCUGCGCGCAAUGUCGGUGCUCAGCACGUACCAGGACAACAUGUCACAGGACAUGAACACCGACCGAGACAACGGUAGCGAAGCGUCUACCCGCGCUGCAGAGGACUGCGGGUGCGGCGAACCCGCCUUGCCCGGCGUCUCCGCCACUAGCAAUGGCAAACACGCUGCCAACCAUUGCUCCAUCGUCAUGGGCGGAAUACAGAACAACCCAUCUCUGACGUUCAACGAUCAUGUCCGAUCGGUUGACUUUGUGCUGGUGUGGGAAGCCGCUAAGGAGGACGCCUCCAGGCCCGAGGCGUACGAACAGCGCCGCAUCUUCCAGGACAACCUGGAGAAGGAAGGUCUGCAGCUAGAGUCGGAAGCACCGGCGAAUCUGCACGGACUCAAUUUUGUUAAGAUCCACGCGCCACUUUCGGUUUUGAGAGAUUAUAGCGAAAUAUUAAAACUUAGAAUGCCAAUGAAGGAAUGCAGUAAGAUACGAAAAGGUGGGAAGACGAAUGCGAUACUGAAUGCUGCAAUGUAUAUGUCUAAGUUUUCAGCGCUGAAAGAUGUGUCGGAGAAGACAAAUAGUUUUGUAGACCGAAUAGAGGCGGGGUGGGACCGCUUCAUGUCCAAUAUUCGCGUGGACCCUGUCAAGUUUCCUGAGCGGAAGCACCGCCUCACGGCUAUAUACUCAAAGGAUAAGGAAUAUCUAUUCGACACGUCGGCGGAGUGCUUCUGGACGCCGUCAAUCCGGUCGCGCAUCGUGCAGUUCAUCCUCGACCGAAAGAGGUUCUCCGAAGCAGAGAACGACGAGUUCGCCUUCGGCAUCGCCCGGCUCAUCACGAAUGGCACUUAUAGUGCGGCUUAUCCACUGCACGACGGCGACCUGAAGACGCCGGGAUCCAUGCGGCACCUACUCUAUACGGAGUGGGCGAGCGUCUCCAAAUGUCUCAAAUAUCAACCGUUAGAUUAUGUAAAAGACUACUUCGGCGUCAAAAUAGGGUUGUACUUCGCGUGGCUCGGCUUCUACACCAACAUGCUGAUCCCGGCAUCUCUCGUGGGACUCAUUUGCUUCAUAUACUCGGCUACUACCGUGUACCAAAACAGUCCGAGCGAGCAAGUUUGCAACUACAACUCGUCGAUUAAGAUGUGCCCGCAGUGCGACUACUACUGCGACUACUGGGACCUGAAGACCACCUGCCUCCAGGCCCGGAUCACUUAUCUAUUCGAUAACCCUACCACUGUAUUUUUUGCCAUCUUCAUGAGCUUUUGGGGGGCGUGUUUCCUGGAGCUGUGGAAGCGCUACUCGGCGGAGAUGACGCACCGCUGGGACCUCACCGGCUUCGACGUGUACGAGGAGCACCCGCGCCCGCAGUACCUCGCAAGACUCGCGCACGUCAAGCGGACGCAGCUGAACGUGGUGACGGGGCAGCGCGAGCCGAUGGUCCCGUUCUGGCGCAUGCGGCUGCCCGCCACGCUCAUGUCGUUCAGCGUGGUGGCGCUGCUGGUGCUGCUGGCGCUGGCGGCGGUGCUGGGCGUCGUGCUCUACCGCAUGUCGCUGCUGGGCGCCAUCGCGCUGCGCCAUCACGACAACGUGCUCAUCACGCACAACCCCAUCAUGUUCACCACCGCCACCGCGGCCUUCAUCAACUUGUUCCUAAUAUGCAUUUUUAACUACAUCUACCAAUGCCUGGCCGAGUGGCUGACGGAGAAGGAGCUGCUGCGCACGCAGACGGAGUUCGACGACUCGCUGACGCUCAAGAUCUACCUGCUGCAGUUCGUCAACUACUACGCCUCCAUCUUCUACAUCGCCUUCUUCAAGGGCAAGUUCAUCGGCCGCCCCGGCGCUUACAACCGCUUCUUCGGACAGAGACAGGAGGAGUGCUCGCCCGGCGGCUGCCUGCUGGAGCUGUCCAUCCAGCUGGCCAUCAUCAUGGUGGGCAAGCAGUUCAUCAACACGGUCGUCGAGAUGCUCAUGCCCUACUUGCUCAAGUGGUGGUACAUCAUACGCACCAUCGGGAGGAAAAACCGGAUUAAAAGUCCAUUGCAGUGGGUGAAAGAUUUCAAACUAGUCGAUUUCGGCAACAUGGGUCUUUUUCCCGAAUAUUUAGAAAUGGUGUUGCAGUACGGUUUCGUGACGAUCUUCGUGGCGGCGUUCCCGCUAGCGCCGCUGUUCGCGCUCAUCAACAACGUGCUGGAGAUGCGGCUGGACGCCAAGAAGUUCCUCUCGUGCUACCGGCGGCCCGUGCCGCAGCGCGUCAACGACAUCGGCGUCUGGUACCGCAUCCUCGACUCCAUCGGGAAACUUAGCAUCAUCACUAACGGUUUCAUAAUCGCGUUCACGUCGGACUUCAUCCCCCGGCUGGUGUACCAGUUCGCGAACGAGGGCUCGCUGGACAACUACGUGAACCACACGCUGGCCGACUUCGACGUCACCGUGCUCGAGCACGUGCCGCCCAACGCCAGGAACAGCUACAACGAGACCACCUGCAGCUUCCCGGGCUACUGGCACUCGGGCGACGACCACAACUACCAGCGCAGCAACCUCUACUGGCACAACAUGGGCGCUAGACUCGCAUUUAUCGUCGUUUUUGAGAACGUGGUGGCGCUGGUGAUGAUAAUAGUGCGGUGGGCGAUCCCGGACAUGUCGGGCGACUUGCGCGACCGCAUCCGGCGCGAGGCCUACGUCAUCAACAGCUUCAUCCUGGACGAGACGCGCGCGCGCUCGCUGCCGGGCCGCACGCGCUCCACCGCCUCCGCCUCCGCGCCCGCGCCCGUCACCCCGCCCGCGUCCGCGCCCGCGCAAGGCGACGCGUGCGCCAGACCCCAAGGUCACCUCCCGCUCGACACGCCCGUUUAGUUAACACGCGGUCACGAUGAGGCGGAGCCGACGUGGAACCACCUGCUGUCGUCGUCACUGUCGGGGUCGGACUUCGACCUGGCGGCGCACGGCGACCACCAGGCGCUGCGCGCCAUCACGCAGCCGCCGCCCGCCGCGCACCCGCCGCCCGAACACCUCUAGUCAGCCGCCACACACACACACACACACACACACACGCAACGAUCCAUCGAUAGCGGAACAAUCUCUUCCGCGUGUUAGCACAGAAUAUAUACAUAAUAGUACUAGGUACAGAAGACUCACUCUCUAACAAAACGCGUCUGUUACGAUCAGGACAGAUAUACCACUCGCGGCUUUUGGCUAGCCACCAAAAUUGGUGUGGAACGGAUGUAAUUGUAGCUACCUGCUGCAAAGCGACGAAAUCGCGAAGUGAGCCACGCUUGGUAUUAGCCACAGUGGAGCGCUGUCUACUUUAACUUUUCCCGGUCAUGUCCACUGAGUUAAAUAUAGGUCCCACUUACCGGGUGCGUACGCAACGUAACGUCAAGCACAAGCACAUCAACACACGCAAGUUUGCUGUGCCACAAUGACUGCGAAAUUCAACACGUGUACGUGUGUGUAACCGAGCCUGAAAUUAUCGUAUAACGUUUUACGUUUAUAACGUUUUGCUUUACUUUGACAAGAUUAACUUUUGUACUAACGUAUAUUUAUGAAAUGAGUGGAAUCUACGUUGACUUUAUUGUGCAGAUCAAUGGCUACGGGUGGUAUUCCAUCUGCCAAUAUCUUGGUCUGUCCAAUGUCAUUGCGUCCCACUCUCUCAUUAAGUAAAAUGUGAGACAAAAUGCACAUUGGACAGGUGGAAUACCACCCUAACGAAGGCAAACGUUUUGUACUACGGUUCCUUAUUAUGUGUCGAUGUUGACGUAAUUCGAUGGUUUCGAGAUUACUCGGUAAUCUUUACCAUGCGUUUAAUAUAGGUGCAAAAUGGCCAACAUAACAUUUUUUAAGACAUAAAUAUAUUUUAAACCGAAAUUAAACUACAUAUGUUCAAAAUAAAAAUAAGCAUAACACUUUUUAAUUAACAAAAAUAAUUUCUCUUAUCAUGUUUAUUAUAAAUUUAUAUUUGAGUUUUAAAAAUAAAAAAUAAUCACAAUAGUGCCAAAAGCACAAUAUUGCUCAUUUUUGAAAAUAUUUUUCAUGUGUUCCUAUCUUCGUGAUUUUUUUCUAUCGAGCGAAAGUCACAAUAUCAGAAUUCGAAUCGGUGAAGUCCUUAGAGAAAGGCCUGAAUAUGGCAGCCGUAUUGUAAUCCAAUAUUGCACCUUAAGAUUGCUAUUAAUAUAUUUGGCAACCGUCUUUUGAUCCAAGAACCCUGCUGACUGAACGCACUGCACCUUAAGAGCAAGGGUGAUGAAAAACAUCUUGAACCUGUGUAUAGCGAAAAGUAAUUCGUAAAUAACAGAAUCUCGAAACUAAAUUAACUUAAUUAUAAUAUUAAUAAAUGUUUUAGCUUUAGCGUUAUAAUUUAUAUUACAUAUUUAUCUACAUAUUUUCUAAUUGUGCAGUUUAUCAAUGUAGUGUGUAGUAUAUAAAAAAUUGUAAUGUUAAUAAUAUUAUUGAAUUUAUUAUAAACUUCGCCAAAGAAAUGCCUAUUAACAAAAUCCAUACAUAGGAGUUUAACGCGCACGUAUUUUAUUUUUUAUAUUAUUUAUGAUACAAGUGUGGAAAGUAGGAAAUGCGCAACAAGUGGUGACGGGAGUGUUUUAAAUCCACACGAGUUGUGAAUUACCUAUUCGCACGUGUAUUGUACAAUGUACAACGUUUUACAGUACAUAGCCUUUUAAAUUUUCGACAUAUGCACGGAAAGUGCUUAUUCCGGCACUCAUGUCGAUUUAAAGCAUUCCCUUCGAUCGUCUUUUAAUUAAUCGCCACUCGUUGUGAAUUUCCUAAUUUUCGAACCUAAUAUAUAUUGCUAUCUAUAAACUAAGAAACGUAACUUAGUCUCGAAAGGUUUUCUGUUUGUUGCUUUGCUUGAAGCGAAGGAUACUAUUUAGGUAUAUUAAACAAAAUAACCCUUGUUAAGUAAUCAUAAUUUUGAAUUUCUAUUGGUGCAAUUAUAGACUGCAUCGCAUUUAUAUACAUGUUGUGAUUCAUGGUCCUGAAUGCCUAGCCAACAUUGAUACCAAUAUUAACGGUUACUUAAGAGAUUUUAGAAAAAUAAUGUAAGUACUCUUGAUACUACUUAAUGUGAUGAAGUGGCAUAUCACGUACUAGCGAGUCCGCCAGCAUUGUAAACCGCUUCUAACCUAUAUGUACCUAUGUGUAUGUGUGGUAGUGUGGAUAAAACCUAAAACGUGCAAUUGUCUCAUACACGACCAAGUCGAGGGGUAAACCCUGAAAACACUCUUUAUUCAUUUGUACUUUUGUGUGUCUAAGCAUAAAAUAAAAUAAAAAGACUAAAAUGAAUCUCAAAGGCUUUUGAAGUAAUCUAUUUACAAUUUAUAAUGGAGAGGAUAUAAUUGAUGUUAUAUUGUGUUCUUAUUUACAUUUAUUUAUCACGAGUAGCGUUAUUGCAGUAUGGAUUUAUAAAGUGUGGCUGUAAUAUGCUGACCUAUACUGACCUCUCUAGGCACCACGCACCACCCGAUUAGUAAUGUAAAGUACCUAUAUAUAUUAGCGAAUAUAUUCUAGAUCUGCCGGUACAUCACUGGCACACUCAACUCGUACAAUCAUUGUACCUACAUAGACAUGGGUACGAACAUUUUCGAUACUUAGCUAACAAAUGGUAGUAUGGAAAGAACUACAGAGAGAACCUUUUUUUUUUAAGAGGAACAGUUUUUAGUACCUAAUGGGUAUUUUUGAGACUAUUUCGAUGUUUUUACUUACACAUAUAUUAUAAUAUUAGAACGUAAUAAUACACAAUACACCCGAACCCUAACAAUAAGAUAUUUGUGCUUAAAAACUAAAGCGAUAUUUUUUGUGUAUUGGAUCGAUGUUGUGUAACCACGUCCGCCUAUAAAUUGUACUUGUUACUGGCUACUUGCAGUGUUCAUUUAGGGCCUUACUAUGUAUUUCUAUUGCCAAGUGUGGAUUCGUCAUCUGUUCGGUGUGCCAGUAAGUAGUUAAUGUAUUAGGGUAAGAUCAUGUAUUAGGGUAAGAUCAGACGAGCAGACGAAUCGCUUGAUGGUAAGCAAUUACCGUCGCCAGACACACGAGAAGGGUUGUGAAGUUACAUCACAAUUUAUCCCACUCCAGCAAAGGCCUCUCCCCUAGAUUUCCACGACUCCCGAUUUAGUCCUUCCUCCGACCUGUUGUGGAUGCGCUAUGGCUAUGACCUGGACAGCUUCCCUCCAUAUCUCAUUAAAUAUUGAUCAAAGCGAAAAAGUAUAGGUACAGAAUCUUUUAUAGAAAAUGUAAUGUAGAUUACUUAUGUAAAGUUAAGUAUAUGAUUAUUUUUUGGUAUGGGCCAACGUUUAAGAGUUAUUUGCGAAAAACUAUAAAAGGGACCUUUACACCCUUCCCUAUGCGUUAGCUUCAUUCCAUCUAUCAGUGGGUAUGUUGUUUCGCACAACUAUGCCAAAAUUAGCUUAUACGAGUAUACAUGAUUUUUUGCCCUAUUUGGCAGUUUUUAGUUUUCUUUCGUUUGGUGAGCUAUAUCUAGAAGUACGAUGGAGCGGUGAACAGGAUGCGAAGCCAACAUGCCAAACGUUUAUGCUUCGUAGAGAACGAAACAUUACUGUCACUGUCGCACUAAUAUGAAAGAGUGAUAAAGAGAUACAAGUUCUUUGUCGUAGCGGAAGCUAUUGCCACGAUGGCUAUUACUGCUAAUAGGCACACAGGUUUCUAGAGGCAUAAUCUGAGGAUGGAUUCAUAGAAGCUUAUUGAUCUAUUAUUCACCAACGUCUAGAUUCCGCUAGGUCAGCCGCGUAAACUUGAUAAUGGUAGUGUUCGUUAAUAUUGGUUCAUGCAUGAACUGCUGCUUUAGUGCAAGAUGACGGCCAAUAAAACGAAUCUUGAUAUUGCGGUCCUAUGUAUUAGGUGUUGUUCCUACAGACAUUAAUGCAACAUACCUAUACGCAAAUAUGUUAGGUUUAUGUAGCCGCUUCCUUUCUGCCAUCUCCAGAUUCACUGAUUAUACGUAGUAGUUACGAGUAUCUACUAAUUUUUCUAUUACACUUGGUGCUUUGUAUUUAUUUUUUACCUUAGGAAUUUAUGUAACAGGUAUAUUACCUACUUAUUUGUAAGCGUUAAGAUAUAUUGGACUAUUGUGCAAGAUUCACUUGCUUGUUUUGGCUGUUUUGUUAGUCCUAGUCAAAUUCAUUAUCUGAUUUAAAACUAUUUAACGAUUAAUACAUAUGUAACUCGUACGCCAAACGUUAUUAGUAGGGUACCUAGUAUUUUGUAUAAGUAAUAAAAUGUUUUACUACUGGCUUUUAACUUUGUUGUAGGUAUAACUUAUAAUAAUUAUGUAUUAACUUAUAGUAUAUUGGGUAAAAUACUUUGCGGCGCAGUAAGAUCUUCACGGAUGACUGUAGAAAAAAUCAGGGAAAAGUCCUUUUAAUUAAUUAUACUCACGCCAACUUUGUCAAUAGAAAGAGGCGCGAAUUCCCAAAUAUAUAUGUGAGUUCGAUCCUUUCCGCUCACAUAUUCUACUGUCAAAUAUGGCUUGCCAAAGUUUAAAUAACUUAUUCGACAAAUAACACCUUAAUAGUUAUGUACCGUGAAAACAACCAACUACUUAGUGGCCAAAAUUAAGUUCAAUGUCUUCUUUAAAAUGUUUAUGAAAAGUUUUAAAGUAUUUAAUUAAUUUAAUGGUAAGUAGCAGUUCUAAGGCAAAAUAUGUUCAUAGGUAGAGAAAAAAGGGUAAACGAGAAACGAUUGAGACGAGUGAUGGAUGAUGAUACCGAACUGGACUUAGUUGGGUGGUUUUACGUUAGGUAUCUGUUACGGUGAUAAUUUGAUAAAUGUAAGAACUUAAUUGUGAGAAAAGUAAAACAUUUUUGAACAUGUGUCUUUUUUACUGUUUGUACUUAUCGCUAUGCUAUAAAUUUUAACAUGUUUUUGUCUAUAUGGUCUUUAUGUUUAGUGACAACAUUUGUCUCAUGUUUAAUGGCUGGUAAGGUUUAAGUCUAUAAUUUUGUGAUAUUGUAGCUACGUAUCUCCGUUGUAGAAAAAAUAGAGCUUUUUAUAUGUAUAUGUCCCUCAAUUUAUUGCUUGUUGUUUUAAAAUUUAUAGUUAAAAUAAAGAAAAAUAUUAA